UUUCACAUGCUGUAUUUGCAGAAUGCCAAGAGACUGGAAAAUACACAGAGAUAAAGCGAAACCGCAGUGAUGUCAGAAAGAAGAAUGAAAGGUGGGGAGGUGGGGAGGAGGGUGAGUGAAAGAAGCUUUGAGUCGAACAGCAAUAAAGUAAAUGAGGAAAAAGAUGAUAGGAGAAAAAAGAUAGAUAAGACCGAGUAAGUCUUUCUGUUUGCCUCAGUUUUACACCUUCAGCAAACGUCAAGCACUCCCAGCACACAGCCUGCACGAAACUGAACGCUAAACCAAUAAAAGUGGUACAAUCCUAAUCCCCUUAAAGUGAUUGUGUACAUGAGGAUGUGUGUAUCAGAGAGAGAGAGAGAGAUGGAUGAGGGGGAUAAAUGUGUGUGUGCGAGUGUGUGAAUUUGGCAGUGAUAACUGACUCGGAACGCAUGACUGCAAUGUUCUUCCUGAGUCUACCCAUCAAGGACAGACACGGCAGAGUCAAGGAAGAACAGUAGGGUUAAUUCUCUCCCCAUCCUCUUUUUCUCUCCCUUCAUCUGUCUGUUUUCUCCUCUCCAUUGUUCUCAUUCAUCAUAUACUUGUUCUUCUCCUACUCUCUUUUACACUCACUCCCUCACUCGACUGUGCUCGCUCUCCCUCCCUCACUUGUUCGCUCAUGAAUGUCACCUUUACUGGUGGUAGCCGCUGGAUUUGCGCACACACCCACAUACACACACGCUUGCUGUUUUUGGGGUGGGGGGUGGGGGGCAAUGUACGGCUGUGGGGAGAGAUAGCGUGUGCCAGAAGAGGCAGAAGGGAAAUUUCUCGGAGUCCAUUCUUCUUUUGCCGGCUCCCGUCCUGCGACUCAAGGGUUUUUCAUCCCAGCAGCUGAAGCAGAAGUGCCUCUGGAUGUGGGAGCACUGGAUUACCGCUCCAGAUUAUUAUUUUUUUAUUUUUUUCCCCCAGCACAACUAAAGUUAGCUAUAGGGAAUACAGGCUGACCAUCUGCUCAUUUCUGACAGGAUCUGUUCCUGAUUUGAGUCAAAUAAUUCUGCUGCUGGUGAGUGAAGAACUUUCCACAGGGACCAGCCAUGUGUGGGUGAGAAAGCUCAUCGUUUCUGUGUGCUAAACUUUAGCUUUGUUUAGUGUUUUUAUCUUUAGGAACAAGGGCAGGGGAAUGUAAGGGGGGGCAAAUAUGUCGGCAAUGUCGCAACAAUGACUUUGUCAGCCUUUUCCAGUAUCUUUUUGUGGAGAUGUGACCGCGUCGAUUUUCAUUUUAUGGAUUUGCUGUGGUGUCAAUAUGCAUUUAGUGAAACAAACAUAAUGAAGGACAAACCAUGGACAGGUUGUGAGUGGAACAGAACUUAACCUCUUACCUUACUGGAGGGAAACACGUGGACACGUGAGGAACCUAUCUGAAUUCUUGGCUCACCGUGCGAGGUUUGACCCCUGACUUUUAUCUUUUUGUGCUGCUGGUAAAAAGACAAGAGCAUCCAGAGAGGGUCUCUUAAGCAAACAGAGACCCCCCUCCCAAAGGUGAGAGGGAGGGGGGGAAGAUGGCAGCUCUUGCCAGUUCUCUCAUCAGACAAAAACGGGCAGUCAAGGAGGACCAAGCCAACCGGCCGAUAGCCAACAAACGCAAGCCAUGCCCCAAGAGCAACAAGUCCCUUUGCCAGAAACAAAUUCUUGUUCUCAUAUCAAAAGUACGGUUAUGUGGCGGCCGCAGAGGAAGAACAGAAAAAAGACCAGAUCCUCAGCUAAAAGGCAUCGUCACCCGUCUGUACAGCCAGCACGGAUACUACCUGCAGAUGCUGCCGGAUGGCACCAUGGACGGCACAAGGGAAGAGAGCAGCUGCUUCUCACAGUUCAACUUGAUUCCUGUGGGUCUGCGGAUAGUGGCAAUUCAGGGAGCGAAGACUGGCUUCUACCUGGGUAUGAACAGCGAGGGAUACCUCUACACCUCCGAGAAUUUCAACCCAGAGUGCAAAUUCAAAGAGAGUGUGUUUGAGAACUACUACGUGACGUACUCCUCCAUGCUGUACCGCCAAAGCCAGUCAGGACGCUCGUGGUACAUCGGCAUCAAUCGAGAUGGCCAAGUGAUGAAGGGCAACCGCGUGAAGAAGACCAAAGGGGCCGCACACUUCCUACCUAAAGUUAUCGAAGUGGCCAUGUACAAGGAACCUUCACUGCAUGAGCUUGUAGCGGAGCAGAGCCCUCCACGCAAAACUGUGAAGACUUCAGACUCCCCUUCUCACAAGAACAGCAGGAAAGAAGCCCCUAGAGCUGAUGCUUCAUAGCACAGGGGGCGCACAAAGGGAGGGUGAGGGACUACACUGACACUGAGAACUCCAUUUUCCUUCAUGCAAUGGGGACAGGAAGAGCUGUGUAAGUGGCUGCCAUCUGUGGGUUUUUAAUGGGGCGAGAUCAGACAGCAGUCCCUGGCUCACUGCAUUGAGCGGAGAAUCCUUGCCGCUCGACCAACGAACCAGCUACUAUAUAUUUCCAGUGACCCGACAUGGCACCUGACCCCCCAUAUGAUCCCUUAAUCCUCUGCAAAAACAUGUUUCUUUGCCCCCUCAUUGCCCUACUUAAGUUCUCUCAGGAUGUGAGACAAAAAAAUGCAAACAAUAUCCAUCCUAACUGAAGAAUUCAAUUGACUUUUCUUUCCCUAUGGUUUCUUUUUGUUUGAAUGAAGACUUUUGGUGUAGGAAUGAGAGCGAGAGAGAGAGAGGUUAUUAUCCAAUAUCAUCAUAAUGAUUUCAGCAGAUGAGACCCUCACUGGUUCAUUUUUUCCCUGCCAUCAGUUUGCCAAUGGCUGCUCUGUGCGAGUCAGAACUAUUGGAAGGAGUGCAGUAAAAUUAGUUUUUAUUGGACCAUUCAAGAAGGAUCCAGGUCUAUUGUUCAGCAGGUGUAGAUUGAUUUCUGCUGGGCUGCUGCCAGGGGAGUCCAAUGGUGUUGUGCAGAAUUUGUGAUUUUUAAUUAAACAUAACUUUGUAGUUCCACUUCCACUGUCUGAUAUUCUUCACAACCCAAACACAUCUGUUUUUGGUUUAAUUGUGGCUACACCUGCAGGCUGUAAGAAAAAAAAAAAGAACUAAAUUCUCUUGGGACGACGAUAUUAAUGUUUAAUAGCCAGUGGGCUCGAAGCGGCACCCAUAUCACUGGAAAACGAGUGGAGAUAUGGGGCAAUUGUUUGAUAGUUCUUUGAUGGAGAUUACAUGGAGUCCAGCAAUGAUUGCUUGAAUUAUUUAUUCCUUUUCCAGGGGACGUUCUGCUUGUUCAAGCAGUUCAGAUGAGAGAUUUUAAUAUGCAAAUUUAAAUUGCGGCGAGCCGAUCAAUGACGCAGUGUUUGUGUGCAUUUAGACGUGAGUAUUAGAGUGUGAAAGAGACAGAAUGAUGUGAAAUGAACAUCUGCUUCCAUUAUUCAUUUAUGUGUGUGUGGCUGUCUGGGCACACGUGUAAAUGCAUUGGCUUGCACACCACAGUUCAUAAUUUUAACAGUUUGGUCAAAUCUGGGCAUUUUAAUCUGCCUGGAAAUGUUGACUGAUUACCCUCUCCAGGUUUCAUAACUGACACAUAGCCAAGAGGAAGUGCUGUGACAUCCAGGAUCUCUUUGUAAUUCUAAAGGCAUCUUAUCAGUCUACACACACCACAUUAUGCAAGUUGUUUGCAAUGUGUGUGUUUGAGUAAAACAUUGGUCAACCAUCUUCUAAAAGGUGCCUGUUUGUCCUACGAAAGGGAAGUGAUCUCCUCAUUGAUUAUGACAUCAUGAAUUUGUUGGCCAAUAGCAGCCACUGGGCCUGUAGAAGGCACAACCUGAGUGGCUAUGGGUAUGAUAGGUUCACAACUUUGGUUUUGCUGUUGUUCUGUCUGAGAAAGAUCAUUUGUUGAUUCUUAUUAUGGUUCGCAUGGAUUUAAUGUCCUUGAGCUGUGCCCCAAACACCAGAACAGCAAAAUAAAUAAAUACAUAAAUACAUCAAAUUAAUCAAACUUUGACUAACAAUAUUAAAUCAAUGCAACAGAAAGUCAGCCGAAUGUAUUGUGGAUGUUGGUGAAGGUUUGUGCAUGUUGCAGAAUGUUUUUAGCAUGUUGAAGCAUGGUAAGUGUAUGUGUCUUGAUGAAAGUUGAUAGCAAGUCGAACAUUAAAGGAAUAUUCCAGGUUCAACUGAGUCAACAGCAGAUGUGACAUAAUGUUGAUUACAUCGAAAAAGCAUUUAAACUUGUUCCUCAUUUUAUUUAGAAAAAAAAAGUCUAGG